AUGCUUCCUUUCCCAUUUGGUUCCAUCGAUAAAAGCGAGACGAUCAUAAAUCCUCAGGAAGAACUGGAAGGCGCUUCCACACUUUCUUGCCAUUUUCCUUCUUUUUCCUCCAUCUCUCACCCACUCUCUCUCUCUCCCUCUCUCUCUCUAUCACACGCACCCUCUCUCUCUCUUCCUCUCUCUCUCUCUCUCUCUCUCUCUCUCUCUCUCUCUCUCUCUCUCUCUCUUAUUCUUUGUGCAUGUGGGUGUCUUCUUAGAGAUUUGGUUCGUUUCUUCUCUCUUUCUCCCCGGAGAAAACAUACCUUUACUGAUCUCAUUUUUUCUUAUUCAUUCCUGUGGUUUUCUUCUCUCUCUCUCUCUCUCUCUAUCUCUCUCUCUCAUACACACACACACACACACGCACUUUCUAUUUCACUCACUCUUUGUAUCUUUUUGUGUCUUUUUUUCUUUUUCUUUCUCUUUCUCUCUCUCAUUCUCUUUCCGUCUCUUUUUUGUUUCUGUUAUUCUCUUUCUUUUAACUUCUCUUUCUUCCUCAUUAUUAAUUUCUGUCGUUUUAAUUUCUUUCGCAUUGAUUAUCUCUCUCUCUCUCUCCCUCCCUCUCUCUCUCACUCUCUCUCUCUUUCUCUCUCUUUCCCACGCUCUCUCUCUCCCUCGCCCUCUCUCUCUCUCCACAUUAAAACUGAAUUAUUUCUUGUAUUUUCUCUCUCUUCCCUCAUAAAUUUUCUAAUUUCCCGUUCUUAUCCUUUCAAAUUUGGAUACCGACAUACUUCACCCUUUAUCUAUCUUUCUUUCUUUCUUUCUUUCUUUCUUUUUCUUUCUCUCUAUCUCUCUCUUUCUCUCUCCAUCCCUCUCAUUCUUUUUUCUCUAUCAUUCUUUCUCUAUCUCCCUCUCUCUCUCUCUCUCUACUUCUUUGUCUUUCUCUCUCUUUCUCUUUCCCACCCUCUCUUUAUCUCACUACCUCAGUCUCUUCAUUGCUAUUUUAAAUAUUUAAAUCUUUAA